ACAAAAGCAGAGCCGUAAUGACAUCGCCGGAUGACCGGAGUUUCUGGGAACGACACGAAUUCAAGUUCUACCAAUACGGACAUGUCUACGCCUUGAUUUAUGGCCAAGUUGUGAUAGACUACGUACCUCAGAAGGCAUUGAGACGAGGGGUAAAGGUGCUCCUGAUUCUGUAUGGACAUCUGUUUAGCAUGCUGUUGAUUGUGGUGCUGCCAGGAUAUUUCUGUUACCAUUUCCGGACUUUAACCGACACUCUAGACCGUCGCCUGCAAUUGCUGUUCUAUGUGAGCUUUGCCAAUACCGCGAUUAAGUAUGCCACUGUUAUCGUGACCUAUGUGGCCAAUACCGUGCACUUUGAGGCCAUCAAUCAGAGAUGCACGCUGCAGAGGAUGCACUUGGAGCAGGUGUUCAAGAAUGCCCCGCAGGAACCGAAGAAACCUUUUGAGUUCUUCAUGUACUUCAAGUUCUGCCUGAUCAAUCUGAUGAUGAUGAUCCAAGUAUGUGGCAUCUUUGCCCAGUACGGGGAGAAGGCUUCGGUUAGCCAGGUGCGAGUCCAUUUCGCCAUCUAUGCCUUUGUGUUGUGGAAUUAUACAGAGAACAUGGCUGACUAUUGCUAUUGGAUCAAUGCCUCGGUGCUAAAGUACUACAGGCAGUUCAAUCUCCAGUUGGGAGCACUCAGGGACGAGAUGGAUGGCCUGCGACCUGGAGGAAUGCUUCUCCAUCGCUGCUGCGAGCUGAGUGAUCGUCUGGAGGAGCUGCGGAGAAGAUGCCGCAAGAUAAAUGACCUGCAAAAGGAUAGCUUUAGAAUGCAUCAGUUCCAGCUUAUAGGCCUCAUGUUGAGCACCCUCAUCAACAAUCUUACCAACUUCUAUACUCUGUUCCAUAUGCUGGCCAAACAGUCGCUGGAGGAGGUCAGCUAUCCGGUGGUUGUGGGUUCCGUCUAUGCCACUGGCUUCUAUAUAGACACCUACAUCGUGACCCUGGUCAAUGAGCAUAUCAAACUGGAGCUGGAUGGUGUUGCCUUGACUGUGCGGAGAUUCGCUGAGCCACCGGAAAGGGAUGAGCGGCUGUCCAGGGAGAUAGAACACUUCUCCCUGGAGCUACUCAACUACCAACCGCCUAUGCUCUGUGGCCUUUUGCAUCUGGAUCGUCGGUUGGUCUACCUCAUUGCAGUCACAGCCUUCUCCUACUUCAUAACCCUGGUGCAGUUCGAUCUCUAUCUGCGCAAGAAGUCCUAGUGGAAGUUCCUAAAAAAAAAGAUUGUUAAACCGAAUUUAUUACCUACUAUAAGGAAUCCUUGUAGACUUUUGAGCUUUCAAAUAUAACAAUUUAAUGGAAAGUUCUA